AUGACAGAGGGAGAAUCAAACUUCUACCUCUACAAGAAAAAAUGCUGUAAGGGUUAUAAAUUUGUGCUUGGACAAUGCAUCCCUGAAGAUUAUGAUGUGUGUGCAGAGGCUCCUUGUGAACAGCAGUGCACAGAUAACUUUGGGCGAGUUUUGUGUACAUGUUAUCCUGGAUACCGGUAUGACCGUGAAAGACACAGGAACAGAGAAAAACCCUAUUGCUUAGAUAUUGAUGAGUGUGCCACAAGCAAUGGGACUCUCUGCUCUCAGAUCUGCAUCAACACUGCAGGCAGCUACCGGUGUGAGUGCCAUGAAGGCUAUAUCCGAGAGGAUGACGGGAGAACCUGCACCAAAGGAGAUAAAGCUGGGCUCUCUGAGAAGGCCGACAAUGCAGUGAAACCAGGAGCUUGCUGUGCCUCAUGCAAAGAGUUUCACCAAAUAAAGCAGACGGUUUUACAAUUGAAGCAAAAGGUUGCUUUGCUACCAAACAAUGCUGGUGACCUUAGCAAACACAUCACUGGUGAAAAGGUGCUUGCUUCCAAUGCCUACAUACCAGGCCCACCUGGCCAGCCAGGGCACCGAGGCCCUCCAGGAGCCCCAGGACCAAAGGGAAGCCAAGGAUUUCCUGGAUCACCCGGACCACCAGGGGAACCAGGUCCUCGAGGAUCGAUGGGCCCCAUUGGACCAUCUCCUGACAUUUCACAUAUUAAGCAGGGCAGACGAGGCCCAAUGGGUCCACCAGGAGCACCAGGGAGAGAUGGCAGCAAGGGGGAGAGAGGAGCACCAGGACCAAAAGGGACACCUGGCCCUCCAGGCUCAUUUGACUUCCUGCUGCUGAUGAUGGCAGACAUCAGAAAUGACAUUGCUGAGCUGCAGGAAAGAGGGUUUGGACACAGGACUCACUCAUCAACGGAGGAAUUUCCCUUACCUCAGGAAUUCAUGAACUAUCACGACACGGUAUUGAACACUCCUCCAGGAGCAAACUUGAGCAGUGAAACAAACAAGUCUUUCCCAAAAUCUCUGUUUAGUUUUUUAAUCACUUUCAUGCUUUCUUUGCAAGAGAACAAAUGCUAUAAUGUCUGCACCUAUAGCACUGUCCUUGUCAUACAAAUGGUGCAGAUUAGGCUCUAAUGCUGACUCGGCAUGAUGUCAGCAGGGGAGCCAGCAUACUCAGAAAAGCUUCCUGAAGUUCAUGAAAUCUGGAACUCUUGUGUAUAUUUUCUUUGGAGGACAUUUCAGUUCCUCUAACCGCGUUCCAGUUACUUGCCACCUGUAUGUUUCAGGCAAUGUUUGUUCUCUUGAACUUAAAUGUGUGCCGCACAUUAAAAGGAACUGUGUGAUUGAUGCAGAUUAGACUAAUUACAGUGGUUCUUAUACUGUGGCUCAGAGACCUUCAAUGUUCUCAAAAUCUUUCUCUCCUGAGUUGCUGAUUCCAGUAAUUCUGACAACCAAGGGUUGGAGAGGUAGUGUUUUGUAAGAAAAAAAGUGCGUGCAAGGGACAAAUGGACAACAAAAUGCAAGUAACCUAAAGCACCAGCAGUGUAUGUGGCCUAGUUAGCUAAUUUCUUGUAGGAACUGCAUAUGCAUGUCAUAUUCAUAGACUCUAAAUGUACACAUAGGUACACGUUUAACACAACCUGCUGGAUCAGGUUGAUUGUUUUUUUAAAUACAGACUAAUGAUGGGGAAUCAUUCAAGAUUCCCUCCCCCUGCAAAUGUGAUCUGAAAUUGGACACUGAUUUUUAGUCUUAGGCUUUGCUUUUUCAGGUGUAUCAAAUAAUGCAUGAGAAGCUUCCUCAGUUUGGGUUGACCAGAGAACUCAAAGGGACAAAUUGCCUUGUUGCAUAGACACACCUAAUGGAAGGGAACUCUCACCCUGAAUCGAGAUGGUGCUGAGGCGCAUGCCUGACAGUAAGACCAUGAGUAGUUCCACUAAAGACAGUUGGGAUUGAUUAUGUGCUUAAAGUUACCCCCAUGAUGAAAUCCAUUCCUGAAACAGCUGUAGUAUUUCCAUCAUGUCAUUCUAGUGCUGGAGGGUGUGGGGUCUAAAGGGCUUUGUCCCUCUAUGGAACAAGCAUGGCAUAGGGAUUAAGGGGAGUAGCUAUUCCCCUUAGUCCUGUCCUUCUGUGUCCCUGCCUCCACAUGGUCCUCACACACACAAAGUGCCCUUAGUUGGAUCCCAGGGACUGGGCCUGGUGCAGCUGAAGCAGGUCUCCUAUUUCCACAUGGCAGGGAACCCCCUUCUGUGCAGACCUGCCUUAGGUGAUCUAAAUGUGGGCAUGUUUAUAGUACAGAUAAGGUUUGUAUGGACCAUUCUUGUUAUGUUUUCAAUUGACCUUAUAGUAAUUUUCACAAUAACUGAGCUAUAUCAGAAAUCACUUCAUUUAGGAUAGUUAUAUAGGCACAAAUCCUCAGAUAGGAAGGUAAGCCAUGUUCUUUUCUUCAACUAACCUGAAACUUUGUAUAAAUGCAGAAGUAUAGCUUCCAGAUUCCAGCUGGGUCACUGGGGAAAGGGGUUCUUUGGCUGUAAAUAAUUUUUCGUUAUGGCUCUUAAAAUUACAAGAAGCAAGAAUCCAACAUAUGAACAUACAAACAGCUGCUCUUACAUCUAGUAUCAUUAUUUAGUCUCCUGCACAUGACAGCUUUGUUUUGUAUAAUUAAAUACUAUGUAUAAUUUUAUUAGAAAGAAAUAAGUUAAAAUGUUGAGUUAUAAACAGAAUGAUGAUAAAGAGUUCAUUAUUUUAUUAAUGUGGGAUAUAAAAGGUAUUUAAUGGAAACAUCUGCAAAAUUGUGUAGUGGUGGAGAAAAUCGUAAUACUUGUGGGUUUGUGUUUAUUUCUAAGAAAAUCAACAAAGCUGGUGGAGUUUUCCCUAUACAAGCUAUUCUCAUAAAUUUGAAAUACUGAAGUAAAACAUAGUCACCUGAAAGCUGUCCUUGUAACUGGGGUUAUUCUGAAAAAUAGGGGGAAAAAUUAAGAUUAAGUGGCCUUAGAUUAAUCCACGCAGAAGUCAUUGGUAUUGCAGGUAAGGGUUUCUAACAAGUCACUGUCCAGUUGUAUUUCAUAAAUAACAUGUUAGAAUCCAGUCGGUAUCAAUGUAAGAUGAGGACUGGGUCUGUGAAUUUGUUUUUCAUUUGCCAACAGGCACACAAGUUUUGUUAUACAUUUUGAUAAUUAUACUGCUCUCUUUAUUUAUAAUAAGUAUAUGAAAUACUAGAUUAUGUAUAAAAUGAUUGUGAUUAUAUGAAGUAUUCUUAAUAACAAAGAUAUUUUUCUUACGCUGGUAGUUGUUGCUGUUUUUUAAAAACUCUUUUUUGUUGUUGAAAUUUUCCUGAUUUAAUGUGGUAAAAACAAAAUGCUUGGGAGUGGCACUGGAACAUCACCCACCUGAUGCAGGCAUCUCCACCUACUCUGUUGUUCCACAUAUAACCAAGCUAUACCUAUACAGUAAAGUGGCCUAUUCAUAUCAAAAUAGAGAUUUGGGGCAUAUCUAGGCUGCCUUCAUCCAUGGUACAGAAUGACACCAUUAAACGACUUUCUGUCCACUCGUUCCUGCUCCAAACAAGCCAAAUGCAUCAAAAUGUAACAUAGCUGCAUCUAGAGAGGUACUGUGUCCUCACCAGUAAGCCAGUCUGAG